GAGAGAGAGAGAGAGAGACUGACUCUUCUCAUCGAUCUGCCCUGCCUCGUCGCUGGAGGAAGAGCUGGAGGAAACAAACAGCACGCAUCGGCUCCUCGUUUAUCCCUUUGCUUUUAAAACUCAGAAUCUGGGAAAAGCAGCGACUAGUUCUCCUAGGAAUAAAGUGCGAGCUGAGUGAUGGAGAACUUGGCUGUACUUUGCCUGAGCAGCGCGGUGAUGGUGCUCGCAUCUCCCGUAAGGGCCGCGCCCGCGCCCGCGCCCGCGCCCGACCUCUACUCCCGCGGAAUGGAUUGGCUGAGCAGAUACGGGUACCUCCCUCCUCCCGAUCCACGAACAGGGAGACUGCAGACCAAAGAAGGGAUGGAGAGGGCCAUCAGACAGAUGCAGAGGUUCGCAGGCCUGAAGGAGACAGGCAAACUUGAUGGGGACACACUAAAAAAGAUGUCAAUGCCGAGAUGCUCGCUGCCGGACAUUGUAAGCACCGAGGAUAUGCUGAGGAAAAGGAGGAGGAAGAAGCGCUAUGCUCUCUCUGGAUCCAGAUGGGAAACAACUAAUCUGAGAUGGAGUGUCCUGAGUUAUCCCAGGCUUUAUUCCUCACUCUCACAGGAUCAUGUGAAAUCGAUUAUGUUCCAUGCCCUCAAAGUCUGGAGCGACAGCACCAACCUCCAAUUCCAUGCUGCCUCCAGAGACGAGGCUGAUCGUGCCGAAAUCCGAAUUUCAUUCGAACGCUCCCUCCACGAUGACGGCUACCCUUUUGAUGGGAAAGGAGGUACGCUCGCUCAUGCUUUCUUCCCUGGCCAGGCCGAGAUCAGUGGGGACACACACUUUGAUGAUGAGGAGACAUGGACGUAUGGGGCAUCAGGUGGAGUCGGCACUGACCUCUUCACUGUGGCCGUACAUGAGUUCGGCCAUGCACUAGGUCUCUCACACUCAUCGGCCGAUCCCUCCAUCAUGCGCCCGUACUAUGACGGCCCAGUGGGAGACAUUGCCAAAUACACACUUCCCACGGAUGACCUGCUAGCCAUUCAGACACUGUAUGGAAUCAACGUGAACAGAGCAACAACUCCCCCUAGUGGUUAUUCAACACCACGUUUGCCUGAGCUUCCCAAUACUCCAUCACCUAGAGGGACUAUAAAACCCAACCCUGGAUACCAGGAUCGCUGUGAGGGAGGAUUUGAUGCAGUGGCCAACAUCAGAGGAGAUGUCUUCUUUUUUAAAGGACCUAAUUUCUGGCGAGUGCAGCGGUCUGGUUCUUUGGUUUCACUCGCUCCUGCUCUCAUCAGAAACUUCUGGAUUGGACUGCCACCUGGCACAGACAAGAUAGAUGCUGUUUAUGAGAGGAUGACUGACAGUCGCAUCAUCUUCUUUAUAGGUUCACAGUUCUGGGUUUUCAAGGACACUGUGGCAUUGCCUGGGUACCCACGACCUUUGUCCGAAUGGGGCAUGAGAACUCACGAUGGGAGGAUGGUGGAGCGAGUUGAAGCAGCAUUUGUCUGGGCCCAUAAUGGUCACACAUACUUGUUCAGUGGGGAAGAGUUCUGGAGGUUCACCGAGAAUAAGGCACACACCAUACCACAUCCAGAUGCAGACUACCCAAGAAGGGCCUCCCUCUGGAAGGGGGUGCCCACCAUUCCUGAUGACAUCAUAAGCUGGGGAAAAGCGGGAGAUACAUACUUCUUCAAGGACAAUUCCUACUGGGUCUUAAAGAGUGGGGGAAUGGACCAGAACACAAUAAAUCCUAACUCAACGGCGACUGAUUGGAUGUUUUGUCCUACUCCUACACCAGCCGUCCAAUACCCACCCACCCCACGCUGCGGCAAAUGCGACUGUGACAAUAACAAGGCUUCCGCAUUCACUGGACCUUCAUUGCUACUUAUUUCAAUACUGUUUCUGUGCUUCAGUGUGGUGAUUUAGACUAGGGUGAUUACUCAGUUGAAUUUGAAGAAAUUUGUGACAUUAUUGAUCAUGCUUUUUUCAGUCAGGGACUUUCAGUAGCUAUGUAUGCUAUUUCACUGCUAGCUUGAAAUGCAGAGUUUUGUUUACAGAUAAUUUGAAACAAUGAAUCUAAAGUUAAUCAAACUUGUUUAUAUGAUAAAGGGCUUUUAUUCUGAAAAUUUGAGUGCCUACACUGAUCAAAGUUAAAAAGCUGUCACUUUUAUGAUCUUAUCAUGUUUCAAUCAUGUUUCAAUGUGCAAAUAUCUUAUUUUAGGUUUGUGCAAUUUGCAUAUUGAUUGAAUUUGGACUUUUUGAUAAGGAUACAAGAGUAGGUACCUUUUUUCUGUUGUCUAAUUAGAUUUAUUUUGUGCAACUCCUAUGCAAUGAAAUUUAUUAUUUGUUAUAGUAAACAGUUUGGGGUGGCAAAGUAUUCAAGAUGUUUAAAUAUGCAAGUAUAUGUAAGUAUUCAUUCUUGUAUUCAAUCCUCUUCCAAUGCGUUUUAAGAUCUUAGUGUUUGUUAUGAAAUGCUGUAACUGAUUUAAAAGACUUCUUUCAUUUCCAGGAUGGCCAGUUCUAUCUGAGAGAUUUGGUGUUAAAUUUCUCUCUUUUUAAUGAUAUACAUAUAUGCAUUAUGCCUGUAUAUUAAUUACCAUGAUUGAUAUAGAACUUGUAUUUUUAGGGGGGAAAAAAGAAAAGAGCUGUCUGUGUGGCCUUUUAUAAGAAGUGCAACCUUGAUCCUCUACAGGUACCUUAAAUUUUGCAAGAGACUUUUAUUCUUGAACUUGUUCUCAUUUUAUCAAAGGUUUUACAGGUUUAUUCUCUCAAUCGACAAGAAGACAAUUAGCAUAUAAAUGUAUUACAGCUGCAGCCUAACUGUCAAACAUGCAGGGGAAUUUUGCAGGUCAGAAUCCCCACAGCAGAGCUGUUAACACAGACCAGAGCAGUGCUUGUAUUUAAUUAAUUAUGUUUUUUUAAAUUAAUUUUUUCUUUGUUUUGCCUUCUUCCUUUUUACUAUUAAACUGUG